AUGCAGUGCUAUGAGGAGAAGCCUGUCCCAGGCCGUGGCCUCGGGCUGGUGGCGACCCGCGACAUUGCUGCUGGGGAGGCAGUACUAACCGACUACCCCCUCGUCCUGUACCCACAAUUCUCCCUGAGAUACGAGGUCUGCCUCCACUGCCUGAGGCGGUUGCCUUCCGACGGGGCAUCCUCCAGUUCCUGGGCCAGCUUCUGCUCCUCGGCCUGCGCCCAAGCGGCGGCUCGAGAUCCCGGCAGCCACAACCCCGCCGUCGCUGCAGCGGAAGCGGAGACCCGGUUCGAGGGUCUGGGCGAGGAGGAGGCGUCGGCGCUGCUGCUCCUCCUGCGCGUCGCGACCUUGAAGGCCGCCGCAGCCGCCGGGGACACGGGGUCCACCGCCCGGCUGCAGGCCCUGACCUCCCUCUCGCCGGGCUGCCCCCAGCCAGAGGACGCCGCCGCCGCCCUGCGGGCCAGGCUGCCCGGGGACGGCGCGGGCUUGACCCUGGAGGAGGUCAGAGCGGUGCUGGAGCGCGACGGUUCCAACGCCUACGGCAUCGCGCUGGAACCCGGGGUCGCGGACGGGCCCAUCAGGGGGUCUGCGCUCUGCGCAACUGGCUCCCGCCUCAACCACGAGUGCCUGCCCAACCUCGCCCGCCAGGAUGCCUUUGACGAGGCCCGGGCAGAUGGCGACCUGGGGUCAAACACGGGCAUCACGUUCCGGGCCCUGCAUGCCAUCCCAGCUGGCGAGGAGCUGACGCAGAGCUACUUUCCCCUGUGGUGGGAGUACGACGAGCGGCAAUCCCGCUGCAGGGAGGUGUACGGCUUCUCCUGUGCAUGCCCGCGCUGCAAGGUUGAAGGCGCGCUGGAGGCGGGGCAGGAGCCGGAUCCGGAGCGGUGCGGCGGGGCGGACGAGGCGUACGUCCAGAUGUACCUGCUCAAGUUCGUGUGCCCGCAGGAGGAGUGUGGCGGCACGCUGUGCCCGCUGAGCCCGGACAGCGCGUCCGUCGCACAGUGCAACAUCUGCGGCCACCGGCGCACCGACGCCCAGUUCAUGGCGGAGCUGGAGGCGUAG